UUUAAGAGAAAUUUCUUGCAUUUUCCUCUCACAGUUUUCAAUUUGUUAUUACUUUAUAGACAUGAAAAUAAUUUCUAUAUUUAUUGGAAUUUUCAUCUUCAAUGUUCAUCCUUCAUUGGAAAGAGAUGAGAAACUUAUAAAUAUUGCUUCAAAAAUCAAUGGAGCUUCAUGUAUUGUAAAUUCUGAAUUGUUGAAUACACCUGAAUUUAACUAUGAAUGUGAAAAUGCUUUAACACCUAUUUGGUUUGAAAAUAAUGAUUGGGCUUCAUCCUGCUCUGGUUCUCUCUGUAAUGGUAGAAUAAUAGUUAUAAGUUUUAAGAAAUCAUACAAUGUGCAUGAAAUAUGCAUUCUUCAAAGAGUUACAUCUAGUGAUCAAAUUGUUAACGAUGUAUUAAUUACAUUUCAAACUUCUAAUAUUCAAAAAAUUUACAAAAUCAAUCUGGGCAAAACUUGUAUUUUACUUGAAGAGAAUGUUGGAUUUGAUUCGACUGCUAUUAGUUUUAUGCCUUACAAUUCGCUUCCUGCUAGUAAGAACUCUGGUUUUAACACCAUUUUUGUUUACGCCUAUAGCAAUGACACAAGCGACAUUGAUGAAGAAGAUUUGAUUAACAUAGCCGAUAUUGAUCUUGGUGCCACUUGUGAAAGUUUCGUUUCGGAGAUAGGAAACGAAUGUCAUAAAGCGUUAAGUAGUAGCUCUAAUUUAUACUGGGCUCCGGCAUGUGGUAUUUUCCCGCAACCCAGUUGCAUUGGCUCCUAUAUCGAAAUAGAUUUUGUAUAUCCAGCUCAGCCAUACAUAUACUCUUACGCCAAUAGAUAUGAUGAAAAUCGUUAUAUAAAGACAAUGAAAUUGGAAUGGAGUUCUGGAUUUGUUGAUAUACAAACAGAUUUGCCUCAAGACGUUUUCUAUCAUUACUACAACUAUACACACUAUCCAACUAUUGAAUCCUCAGUUAAGGUUACUAUAACAAAUACUACCUCAAAUGAACUUAUUGGACUCAAUUAUUUUAAAGUUUUUACAAAACAAUUUAAUCAACAUAUUUAUACAAUUCAAUACGACACUUAUGUUGUUUACAGUCUACCUCAACAUCUUCACGGUAAUUUUAUGUCUAUAAAGUUUAGGGUUAAAGGUCACCAGUCUGGUCAAUCUAACGAUUGUUCGUCAUUCAUUAUGACAUUUAAGAAUUGUACAAGCGAAAUAUUUACAUUGAAGCUUGAUAUAAUUGAAAAUGGUGAAAAAUCAUCAUCAAUUGAAACUAUUGAACCAGUUUUUAAUAGUAUUAAUUUUAGCGAAAGUUCACCAUUGAUGAGUUGUGAUUCGUGGAGUGAAUUUUGGAUAAUAUUCACUAAUAAUCAAAUAAAAUUAGGCUCUGGUAUGAUCUAUGAUAAAGAUACAUUAGCAAUUUUAAACUCAGCAAUACCUUUGGACAUGAGGGAGAUAUUAUUUAAAAAUGAUAAAGCUUCUAUCAUGAACUAUGUUCAAAUUUUAGAUAAAGAAGGACGAAAGAUAUAUUUAAAUAAUUAUCCACAAUGUGAUGUUCAAUAUGAUAUUAAUGGUCUAGAUAAAAGUAUUCCUACUUGUACAGUUAUCAAAGCGAGAAUGACACACUUUGAAUACAAAUUGACAAAUGGAAAAGGGAAAAGGCUAUUUGAUAAAGAUUCAAAUUUAGUUAUAAUUUUCAAAAGAGAUAUUGGAAUUGAUGUCAAAAUUAAUAUAUACAUAACUUAUCAAAUUAAAUUUAAUGAAAUUGUAGAGAAUAGAAUUUGUCAGCCUGAAAAAUCUUCUUCAAAAGGUCAAUAUCUCGUACACAAUUUCUCUUGUCAAGAUAUUGAAGAUGUUGAAACAAAUUUGGUUUCUGUUAAAAUUCUGAUAGAUAAUUUUGAUGAAAUUAAUCAAUUGUUCUUCUGUGAAAUAUUUUUUCAAUAGUGAAAUGUGCUUGGCUUUUUAAAUCAUGGAUUUAUUUAUGUUUGUCAUCAUUUCUUAUAUAACAAUAAUUUAUAAUUAAUGGCUAAUUUUUUUUGACUUAUUCCAUGGCUUAGAUCUACGUAGAUUUUAAAAAACACUGAUAAUGUCUUUAAUUAUCGAUCAUGAUCAUCCUGCGAAUCUUUAGAUGAAUGAUACAAAAUCUGUGAUUCAGGUCUAUGUCACUGACUUUGAAUAAAACUUGACGAUUCGUUAAUAUAAUCAAUUUUAUA